AUGCUAGAUAAUACCCUACUACAAGAUUUAUCUCUGCGUUAUCAUAUUCCAAUAGACCAAUUGAAUUUGUUAAAUGAAACUUCUAUUGAUCAAUUGCUAAACUAUAAUGAAAAUAGUGACACAGAAUCGUUCAAAGAUAAGUUUAAAAUUGAUAACUUGAAUUUACAAAUUCAACAUAUCAACAACGAUAAUUUAAAACUGUCUAAUCAAUUGAAGAAUAUCAUUGAAAAAUUUAACUUGAGUAAAAUUGAUCAAAAUAAAACAAUUGAAAAUUUGAAAUUGAAAUUAUUUAAGUUAGAAAAUGAAAACAAAACUUUGAAUUCAACUAAUUUAAAUCUAACAGAUAAAAAUGAUACUUUAAAUAAUAAUUUGAAUUUGAAAUUAAUUGAAUUGAAAAAUUUAAAUGAUAAUAUAACAGAACUGGAACUUAAAAGAAAUAACGAUAUCCAACUAAAGGACAAGUUAAUUCAACAAUUGAACUCAAAAAUUGAAAACUUAUUGAAAUUAGGCAAAUCCCCAAAGUUUAAAAAUGAAGUAGAAAUAAUAAAUGAUUCUAAAACUAUCAACGAUGAUAUUGAAAAUAGUAAGGCAACAAUACCACCAUCACCAGCAAAAGCAUUAUCAAAACAGAAUAAUGGCCUCAAAAGUGAUAUACAAAACUAUUUAAAUGAACUAGAACAACAACUACCAUUAAUUGAAAAUUUCAAAGCUGAAAUCGAAAAUUUACAAGAUAAUUUAAAUAAAAAAAACUUGAUUAUUGAAUCUUUACAAAAUGAUAAAAAGGAAAAUUUAAAAUUAAUGGAUUCUAUGAAAAAAACUAUCAAUGAAAAAUCAUCGAGUAUUGAAGCAUUGGACAUUCAAAGAACAGAUUUAGCACAUCAGUUGCAAUACUUACUAAUCCAUUCCUCAAUACAAAAUGAUAAUAAUGGUCCUUUAUCAAAAUCAGAAAUUUUAUUCAUGCAAAACCUAAUAAAUAAGGACAAACAGAGAUUAUCUUCUGACGUUCAAAGCGUUAUUUCAGAUAGAUUGAUUAAGUUUAAGGACAUUGUUUCGUUACAAGAGAAAAACAUGGAAUUAACCAAAUCUAUUAGAAACUUAGCAUUUUCACUGGAAUCAAAAGAAUCAGAAAUUAAAAACUCAAGAGAAAACUAUGAUAAUGACACCAUUAAUGAAGCAAAGGAAACUAUACUAUCAUUACAGGAAUAUAAUAAUGUAUUAAAAUUGGAAAUUGGGACUUUACAAUCAAAAAUCAGCGAAUUGCAAUCAUCAAUUCCAAAUAGUAAGGAAUCAGAAAAACAACAUUUUAAUUAUCAUAGCAACCUUGUUAAAGAUUUGGAAUCAAAAUUAUCAAAACUUUCAGCAUAUUCACAAUCAACCAUUGAAAAUUUAAAUAAAGAUAUUCAAAAUCUAUAUAAUGAACGGACUGAUAUUUUGAUAAAUUUGGAAAAAGAAAAAUCAUCUACAAUUUUAGCAAAUGAAAAAUUAACCCUAUUACAAAAUUCUUAUGAUCUUUUAACUUUAGAAAAUGAAGAGCUAUCUUCCAAAAAUUCAAUGCUAGAACAACAAUUAAAUGAAGAAGAAAAAAACUUAAACUCGGUAUUAAACGAUUAUAUCAAAUGUAAAACAAACUUACUGGAUUUCACUAACCGAUUAACAUUACUAAACAAUAAUAAAUUGGGCUUAGAAGAAGAAAAUAAUUCUUUGAAGCAAGAAAUAAAAUCAAAUUAUGAACAGAUCAAAGAUUUGGAUUCAAAAUCAAAACAUCUGGAACAAUCUUUGGAAAAUGAAAUAUCUAAAUAUACCGAUAAAGUUAAAGAAUUGGAAUUGAAUAUUUCGAAAUUGAACGAACAAAAACUAAUACUUGAAAGAAAAUUACAAAAUAAGAAUAUUGAAAUCGAUGACCUAAACAGUAGUAAUUAUGACCAAAUUAGCUGGUACCAAAAAAAAUUAGAUCAAUAUGAAAAAACUAUUAAAACAUUGGAAUCAAGGUUACCUGCUGAUACUCAAAACUCAAAGGCUCUGGUUGAAGAUAAAGCUCUAGAAGAUUCAAGAGAUGCAUCUCCAGUUUCAAGCAGUGCUUCAUGUAAUGAGAUAACCAUAAGAAUAUUUGGUGAUUCUAACAAGACCAAAAAGAUAUAUCCAAUUGAAGAAGAAAAGAAUUUAGAACUGAUUACUAAAGAAUUAGAAGAUACAAAGGUAAGAGUUCAGAAUUUAGCCACCCAAAAUCGACUAUUAUUAGAAAAAUUAGAGAGGUCAGCAAACCUAGAAGUUGAUGAUAUUUUUGUAUCACUACGCUAUGAAAGAGACACCCUUUCUGACCAAGUUGUAAAUUAUGAAAAAGAUAUGCAAGUUAUUUUGGCCGAUUUAGAAUCAGUACAAAGUGAGUUAAAUGCAGCAAAUUCACAGAUCUUGAAUUUUGAGAACCAAAGAGCUAUGGUUCAGGAUCACAAAAAGGGCAAUGUCAAUGAAGAAACAUUGAUUGAAAAAUUAACUGAAUUGGAUGAACUGAAGGAAAGAAAUAUGGAAUUAACUCAAGAAAUUCAUGCAUUGAAUGAAAAUAAUAUUGCCCUAAAAUGUCAGUUGGAAGAAUCUCUUGAAAGAUUAAAGCCACUAGAAACAAAAAUUUCUGAACUCAAUAUAUUAAUUGAGGAUAAAGAUAAUAUCAUAAAUGUCUCAAAUGAAAAAGCUGAAAAUUGGAAAACACGUUUUAAUGAACUAACUCUAUCAGCUAAAAAUAAUGACAAUGAAGACUUGAUCAACCUACAAAAACAAGUAGAAGAGAAGAGUAAAGAGAAUGAGGAAUUAUCUGACCGUUUCAACAGAUUAAAGAAACAAGCUAAUGAGAGGUUACAUGCGUCAAAAGUAGCUCAAAAUAACUUAACUGAACAGUCUAACGAGUUGAAAGCUCGCAAUACUGAUUUGGAAAGGAAUUUAAGUGAACAGAUGGAGAGAUUCAAAGAAUUAGAGAAUUCAAUAUCUCUAAAAGAUCAAGAACUGGGAUCCAUUGGUGAUUUAAAGGAACAACUUGCUAAUGCUUUAGAUAAGUCAAAGAAAUUUGAAGAGGAAUUAAUAAAAACAGUCAGUGAAUCAGAAUCUUUAGUUAGUGAUCUGAAGAAUGAAAUAGAGUCAUUGAAUGAAAAAUUGAAGUCAAAAGAAUCUUCAGUAGGUCUACAAGAAUCGGAAAUCGAGAAUGCUAAGAAAAUAUUAAUAGCAGAAUUAGAAGAAAAAUUAAAUAAAACAAAGAGCGAGCUGGAUUUAAAACAUAAAGAAGAGUUGAAGGUUUUAAAAACUGAAUACGAAGGCGACAUUCAAAAGCGUGUUGCAGAGGCAGAGGAGGCAUUGAAACGCAAGAUCAGAUUACCAUCGGAGGAGAAGAUAAAUACGAUUAUUGAAUCAAAAGUAGCUGACUUAGAAGAAGAUUACAAGAAGAAGCUUGAAACAGUUUCUGCUGAGAGUACGGAUAUUGAAAAGAUAAAGCAGGAAUUUGAAGACAAUUUAGUGAAUGCCAAAAAGAAAGCAUUCGAAGAAGGUAAACAACAGGCUAGUAUGAAAACUAAAUUUCUAGAGAAUAAAAUUGCCAAACUCGAAUCUCAACUUCAAAAUAAUGAAUCUGACGUUACUGAUAAAGAAGCAGAAGUUAAAACAACAGAUAAUGAAAAGAGUAAUCCAGAAUUGGAUAAGCAAGAAGCAAAGCCAUCAUUUACAUUCUCACCUCCACCUAAUUCAAAUCCGUUUACUACAACUCAGGACACCGACUCUCCAGUAUCAGUGUUCGGAAUCAAGCCUACAUUUUCACUUGGAGCCAAUCCAUUUAAGAUAUCACCUGUAGCUCCAUCUUUCCAAACUGCAAGAGCUGAUUCUUCUCAAGAAAGUAAAUCUGAUGAUAGCAACAGUAAUUCAGAAUCUCCAAAACGUCAUUCUGAAGACGAAAAUGAACAAGAUCUAAAAAAGUUCAAACCAAAUUAA